AUUGUCUAUGUAUUUUCCUUGACCACGUUGUUUUAAAUUCCUCUCCAUCUCUCGCGUUCGUCUCUCCAAUUUGUGCCUCCAAGCGAUCCACACAAAUCUACACACAGGCGCGAAUACACAUAUAGAUACACACAUACAUACGCAGUUUCAACAGUAAGGAGCAGCAAUGGCGGCGAAGCAGUUCAUCGUGGAGGUGGAGAAGGGGAAGGAAGGCGUCGAUGGCGGAGCAUCUCUGGGGCCUGUCUAUCGCAGCAUCUUCGCCAAGGAUGGCUUCCCGGAGCCCGCCGAUGGCCUCCUCAGUUGCUGGGAUGUUUUCCGCUUGGCCGUGGAGAAGUAUCCACAUAAUCCGAUGCUUGGUCGUAGAGAAAUCGUGGAUGGGAAGGCUGGUGAAUAUGUGUGGCAAACUUACAAACAAGUGUAUGACAUUGUGAUAAAGCUCGGAAAUUCCAUCCGAAGCAUCGGCAUCGAGAAAGGAGGGAAGUGUGGGAUUUAUGGCGCCAACUGUCCAGAAUGGAUUAUAAGCAUGGAGGCCUGCAAUGCUCACGGGCUCUAUUGUGUACCUCUAUACGACACGUUAGGUGCUGGUGCCGUAGAAUUUAUCAUUUGCCAUGCUGAGGUUUCACUUGCUUUUGUGGAGGAGAAGAAGAUUUCUGAGCUGCUGAAGACAGCCCCAAAUUCAACCAAAUACAUGAAGACUAUUGUGAGCUUUGGUAAGGUUACAAAUGAGCAAAGAGAAGAGGCAGAGAAGCAUGGUUUCACAAUAUAUGCGUGGGAACAAUUCUUGAAACUCGGUGAGGGCAACCAAUAUGAUCUCCCAGAGAAGAAAACAACCGAUAUUUGCACAAUAAUGUACACAAGUGGAACUACUGGUGAUCCCAAGGGAGUCUUGCUUUCCAAUGAGAGUAUUAUUCAUCUAAUCGAAGGGGUGAAGAAAUUGCUUAGCAAUAUCAAUGAAGAGUUGACUGUUAAGGAUGUUUAUCUCUCGUAUCUCCCUCUGGCUCACAUAUUCGAUCGCGUGAUCGAGGAGCUAUUUAUUUAUCACGCGGCCUCAAUAGGAUUCUGGCGAGGGGACGUCAAGUUGUUGAUCGAAGACAUUGGUGCCUUAAAACCAACUGUCUUCUGCGCUGUUCCUCGUGUAUUAGAGAGAAUAUAUGCAGGUCUGCAGCAGAAACUAAAUGAUGGAGGUGUCUUGAAAAAGACGCUAUUCAACUUGGCAUUUAACUACAAAAAUCAUAACAUGGAGAAAGGGAAGCCUCAUGAACAGGCGUCACCAAUCUGUGACAAAAUUGUAUUUAAGAAGGUAAAGGAAGGAUUGGGAGGAAGGGUGAGGCUGAUUCUAUCAGGAGCAGCUCCUCUAGCGGUUCAUGUAGAAUCCUUCCUUCGUGUUGUGGCGUGUGCUCAUGUUCUACAAGGAUAUGGAUUGACAGAGAGUUGCGGAGGGACAUUCUGCUCACUGCCAAAUGAAGUGGGCAUGCUUGGAACAGUGGGUCCGCCUGUACCAAACGUGGACAUAAGGCUGGAGUCAGUGCCCGAGAUGGGAUACGACGNUCUCUCCAGCACACCACGUGGCGAGAUCUGCAUCCGUGAGACCUUGUUCUCCGGGUAUCACAAACGUACAGACCUCACUGACGAGGUUCUCGUCGACGGGUGGCUCCACACCGGGGACGUGGGAGAGUGGCAAGCAAACGGGAGCAUGAAAAUAAUAGACAGGAAGAAGAACAUCUUCAAACUGUCGCAAGGAGAAUACGUAGCCGUUGAGAACUUGGAGAACAUUUACAGUCACGUCGCGGCCAUUGAAUCGAUGUGGAUAUACGGGAACAGCUAUGAGUCGUUCCUGGUGGCUGUGGUAUGCCCCAGCAGGAUACAGCUCGAACACUGGGCAAAGGAUAACCACAUUUCGGGCGACUUCGACUCCCUCUGCCAAAACCCAACGGCCAAAGAGUUCAUCCUGGCUGAACUCUCCAGAAUCGCCAAAGACAAGAAGCUGAAGGGCUUUGAAGUGAUAAAAGACGUUCACUUGGAACCGGUGCCGUUCGACAUGGAACGAGACCUUCUCACCCCUUCCUACAAGAAGAAACGCCCCCAACUCCUCCGUUACUAUCAGAAAGUGAUCGACGAAAUGUACAACAAGGCGAAGAAGUAGGAAGAUGGACAAUGCAAUUGCCUGAUGAAGCAACAACUAAUAGACGCACUUCUUCUUCAUUGGUACUUGUACACUUGCAAUCUCGUUUCCCUCUCCGCUUUGUAAUUUAUAAAACAUGCAAGCUUGAAUUAUUGGACCCUCACUGAUGGUGGAGGAUCGAUAAAAUUUCAUUUUUCUUCC